UCUGAAGCCUUUUGUAUAUACUUAAGUUCAUAGUGCAUAUUUCCCUUUUGUAUGAGUUAAAUGAAUGACAUCCAAAUAAGCAAAUAGUGGGAAGGGCUGGCAUGUGUAUAGAUUACAGUGAAAAACAGGUACAUAGAGACAGGUGGGAAUAUUUGAUAUAAAGGAAAUAGUGCACAGCAACCUCUUUGUAACCAGAUUUACAGUCAAUGCUAGACUGUCAGUAGCUGCCAGAAAUGUGGAAUCUCUGUCAGAUUUUAUUACUCUUUUUGGGGUGUAUCAUAAUUAUCAAAUAUCUGAAAGUCAUAUGGGCAGCAAGAAACCUUCCUCCUGGACCCAUCCCUUUACCCAUUAUUGGAAAUUUGUGGGCACUGAACUUCCAACUCCUACCAGAGACACUUAGACAGCUUGCUAAACUCUAUGGAAACAUCUAUACAGUGUGGCUUGGCGAAACUCCACUAGUGGUGCUGAGUGGUUGCAAAGCUGUAAAAGAUGGCAUUGUGUCUCAUUCUGAGGAGCUGUCAGGACGACCUGUGACUGGGUUUUUAGGGGCCCUUCUUGGUGGUAAAGGUAUAGUCACCUCUAAUGGACACACGUGGAAACAACAUAGACGUUUUGGGCUAAUGACCCUGAGAAACUUAGGACUUGGAAAAUGUGGCCUAGAGUCACGUAUACAAGAAGAAGCUUUUUGUCUGAUGGAGUCAUUUAAAGCCAAGAAUGGAGAACCAUUUGAUCCUUCAAUGAUGAUCAUUUAUUCUGUGGCAAAUGUAAUUUCUGCUGUGGUGUUUGGACACCGUUUUUCUAUUGAUGAUGGGAUUUUCCAGAAAUUGGUGAAAUGCAGUCAUGAUCUUCUUGAAAGCAUUGGGUCAGCAUGGGCAAGGCUAUAUGAUUCUUUUCCAUGGCUGAUGAAACAUCUACCUGGCCCUCAUCAGAAAGCCUUUGCAAUUAUGGAAUACUUACAUCAGUUUACCAACAAUGAAAUCCAAAUGCAUAAAGAAAACGGAUCAUUAGAGGAACCUCAAGAUGUCAUCGACUAUUACCUGGCCCACAUUUUAAAAACAGCAGGGGAAAAAACAUCCACUUUUGAUGAGAACAGUCUGAAUAUACUGGCCACUGAUCUCUUUAUGGCGGGGGUUGAAACCACAGCCACCACCUUGCAGUGGGCUUUACUAUACAUGGUGGCUUAUCCUGAUGUACAAAAGAAGGUGCACAAGGAGCUGGAUGCUGUUCUUAAUGGAUCUGUAAUUUACUAUGAAGACAGAAAGCGGCUUCAUUACACUAAUGCGGUCAUUCAUGAGAUUCAACGUUAUGGGAAUAUAAUAGCCGUGGGAAUUGCAAGAACCUGCAUAAGAAAUGUGAAUGUGUGUGGCUACUCUUUGCCCAAGAAUACAAUGGUUCUGCCCAACCUGGAUACUGUGCUGUAUGAUUCUGAAUACUGGGAUUCUCCUCAUCGUUUCAACCCUCAUCACUUUCUGGACAAACAUGGGAAGUUUUCAAUAAAUGAGGCAUUUUUGCCUUUUUCUGCAGGUGCCCGGGUAUGUCUCGGGGAGCAUCUUGCCCGGUAUGAGCUUUUUAUCAUUUUUACCACUCUUAUGCGAUCUUUCAGCUUUCAUCUUCCAAAAGGAGUAACAGAGGUGAACACAAAAUAUGUCUUUAAGUUGACACUACAGCCUCAUCCAUACAAGAUUUGUGCUAUACCUCGAUAGGUUUUGGAAAUAUAGAUGCAAUGUUAGCCAUAGAAGACUAUAUGACUGCUAAAGGGCACAGCAGACCAGGAGAUUGCUAGCUUCAGGUCUGCAUAUUAAUCUACAGA